UUUUUUUUUUUGAAAAAGAUCACAUCCGACGAGUGGGAUCUCACCACUCCGUUGUUUCAAAAGCGAAUCAAGCUAAUUGACAAGAUUCAUCCUUCUUUCUUUUAUAAUCACUUGAAUAGAAGAUCGUCUCACUCUUUCACUCUCUCUUAGUCAAAGGUCAGUGCGCGCAAUUAGAUGAACCAAACAGAUUGGUGUUACCGUGACGAAUGAUGUUACUGUUUUAGUCGAAAGAUGACGUUCACGCUCAUCUUCUAUUCAUUUCCUUUUUUUACUCAUUCAAAGGAGUGUUCCGUUAGCCUGGGCAUUUCAAUCAUCAUCGGUUAAAAGUUUACCGUGAUUAAUCAUCGUCCAACUUUGAUCAUGUUUCAUCCUGCUGAAGUAGAAUUAAAAUAAUGACUAGUAUGAUGAAAGCUGUUGUUGUGGAAGCCAAUGGUGGCCCUGAAAACUUAUUACUCAAGGAUUGGCCUUUGCCACAAGCAAAAGAAAAUGAAGUUGUUAUCAAAAAUCAUAUAUCAGCCGUCAAUUUUAUGGAUAUUUACCAAAGAGAAGGUACUGCUCCUACCUCUCUUCCUUAUAUUGUUGGUAAUGAAAGUGUUGGUAAAGUGUAUCAGGUAGGCAAGGGAGUGACCAAGUACAAAGAAGGCGAUCGGGUCAUUUCUGUUGGAAGUGGAUCACAUUGUGAAUAUACUUUGGCCAGUCAAGCAACCAAUCUGGUGAUUAAAAUACCUGAUGGUAUUUCGGACGAACUCGCUGUGACAGUUGGUGUUGCUGGUAUCACAGCAUGGAUGUUGAUUCGUAUUGCUCAAGUCCAAAAAGGAGAUCAUGUCCUUGUCCAUGCUGCAGCCGGUGGUACUGGAAUUAUUCUUGUUCAGUUAUUGAAAUAUAUUGGUGCUAAUGUCAUUGGUGUGGUCAGUACUGAAGAAAAGGCAGAAAUACUCCAUGAACAUGGCAUCGAUCACGUUGUUGUAGUAAAAACAAAGGAUGAUUAUAAAAAGGUACUUGAUAAGGUGAACGAUAUAACACAUAAUAGAGGAUGUGAAGUCGUUCUUGAUAGUGUUGGAAAAGAUUCUUGGGAAACAUCAAUGGCAGCUGUACGUAAUUUCGGCACUUUUGUAAUUUAUGGUUAUUCAUCCGGUUUGCCUCCUUCUGUCAACUUUGUUGAACUCUGUCAAAAAAAUAUCAAAUAUGUUGCUCCAAGUGCAUAUGUUCUUUUCCAAGAUCAGGAGGAAGAAAGACGUGAAUUAUGGUUAGAUGAAUUCUUUACUAUUAUUGGAAAAGGUCAUAUUCGUCCACAUAUCCACAAAAAAUAUACAUUGGAAGAUGUUGCUCAAGCUCAUAUCGAUCUUGCAAGCAGAAAAACAUCUGGCAAAUUGUUGAUUCAACUUUAAGACGCCUAUAGUUACCCCUAGUGUAUUUAUUCAUCACCCUCUAUAAACCAGAAAUAAACGAUCCGUUAUGUCUCAAUAA